UCUACAAUAGUGAAUAAAGUGGUAGAAAAAUAUUCUCCCCUUAAAAAUUUUUUUUCUAUGAUAAGGAAAGUAAAAAAUAUUUCAUAUUUUUGCGACGAAUUAAUUCAUUAAUUAUUUUCUGCAUUAAAUGCUAAAAAUAAUCAAAUUUAACGCGACUUUAUAAGAAAUUAGUUUCACAUUAGGUACUUUUCAUGAAAAGAGAAGAAAAAGACUACAAAUAAGAAAUGUCAUUUUUUAUAAACGCAUUCACUUUCUUACCACCAUACCGCAUUAACAAUAAAAAAUCUACUUAAGUACUGUUCUAUUCAGUGCCAGGUCUGAAUUUUUUGUUGUGUCGACGUAUGUAUGUAAAUAUAAGUUUCUUUUAUUAAUUAUGGAUAGAAAUGUUUUUUAAAAACCAAGAAUAUAUGACUUGACAGCAAAUAAGAAGUAAUGACUAAUAAAAAUCAAAUUGAACUAGCAAAUUAUAUAAAAAGCGUACAUGAGAAACUGCGUAUAGAUGUUAGAAAAAGAAACGUUGAUUUAGCAUGGAAAGAUCAUUUGGAAAACUUAGAAAAUUUAGAAAAAUAUUCUUUAGCAAUGCAACAGCUGGCGCAAUUAUGGAAGGAAAAUUCUUCCACAAAAGUUAGUGAUAAUUCUCCUAAAAAAGUUGCCCAAUGUAGAGUACAAUGGAUUUCUAAAGAAAUUGAAAAUUAUUAUACGCAACACUUAAUUUGCUGCAGGAGUAAAGAACUUCAUCUAUCUAAUAUUUGGUUUAAUGAAAAGUUACCAAAUUUUGAAGAACAUGUUAAAAUUGACCAAAUUGAAAUUCUCGAUGUCGGUAGUUGUUACAAUCCCCUUAGAAAUUUCCCCAAAUUUAAAGUAACUGCAAUUGAUUUGUGCCCAAAUAGGGCUUUAUCCGUUUUUAAAAGUGAUUUUUUAAAUGUAGAAAUUUUGCAAGAUUGUAAAAUUAACUAUGACAUUGAAAAAUAUGAAAUUUUAAGCCUCCCAUUAAAAUAUUUUGAUUGCGUUGUUUUUAGUUUAUAUCUGGAGUAUUUACCAACAUCUUCUCAAAGAGUAAAAAGUUGUAAGAAAGCAUAUGAACUUCUAAAAACCGAAGGAAUUUUAGUUAUUGUAACUCCAGACUCACAACAUGUUGGUAAAAAUGCUAAGCUAAUGAAAAAUUGGCGGUAUACUCUUGGUGAACUUGGUUUUUUAAGAAUUAAAUUUGAAAAGUUAAAUCAUGUCACAUGUAUGGUGUUCAGAAAGGCAAUUGAUUUUGAAAUUCCUAACCAUUGGUCUAGAUUACAUAAAGAGGAUUACAUGACUUUCAAUUUAGAUAUACCGCAGGAUAAAAAUAUUUUAUAAAUAGACGGGUUUCAGCAUAUUAAACAUACUGAAUUUUGACUUUUGUGAUUUCUAAGAAUUAUUAGAGAAAAUCAAGUAUGUAAAUAAAGUAAAGUUUUUAUUUAA